AGAUCGUAAAGAAGCACGAGCAGGUCGUGGCGGGGCGUCGACCCCACGCAUUGAGCUUUACUAAUCGCACAAGUCUCAAAAGAAAAAUUCAAGCAAAAGACAUGUCCGCCGCCUCCUCGUCUACGUCCCGUGCGAUCUCUUCUAGCGGGCUUUACCGCUGGGGCCUGUCCGAAGCAAGCUCGUCCUUUUUCUCUCGCUCGUCUGCAAAAAUGACGCCGCCGAGUAAGUUAUCUACGGGCACUGGCGCAGCGUCGUCGCAGGAGCAGGGUGUUGCUGAUACGUCUGGGACUGCAGCUGCAAGUGAGCCAAAAUUCGUUUCGACCAGCAUUGCAAAGGACCAGGUGGCGGCCGUUUGUACCGAGGGAAAACUGUGGACGCAGGGGAAGAAUAAGUAUAGCAGCGGGAGGAUAACGACUGGCGGAGGUGACGUCUCGGGAGUAGACCUCCGGCUGUCUGCAGUACUACUGACUGGAUUUUUUAGAAAAGUUUUAAUGCAAAUCUGCAGGGUAUGUAAGCGGAUGACUCGCGCAGCAAAUGUUGAUAUUUUUUUGCGCAUACUUAUUGCCAUUAUCAGGUGAACCUGCCCCAUGCCUGUAGGCAAGUUGCUCUAGGCGCGAAGCACGGUUCCGCGGUCCUAAAAACCGGCGAGUUGUACGCCUGGGGCUGGGGAGGGAGCUUCUUCGGAGGCGCCGGGGCACUGGGUUUCAAGCCGGAUAGGGACCAUGUGGAAGAGCCGGCCUUGGUGGAGACACUAGCGGGCGAGAAAGUGAAACAGGUAUGAUACUUUUACUUGCGUACUACAGAGUUGCUGCACAGUAUAAUGACAGUCACGCGUGAAAUGUUGGUCUAGUUUGUCCUUGCUGAAGAUCAUCCGCGGUGCAGCCUCACCGAUCCGAAAAUUUUGUAGUACUUUCGCAGUUUUAUGUUUGUGAUUUGUACUCCAAUCAAAAUCUUUCUAUACCAGGUCGCCUGCGGGGAAAAGCACACGGCGGUGCUGACAGAAUCUGGCCGCGUGUUUACCACCGGCAGCGGGGAGUAUGGGCUGCUCGGGUUGGGCGAUGUGUCCGACUCCGCUGAGUUUGAACUCGUCGAGCACUAUCCCGACUCCGAGUUCGAGGCAGCCGGCGUUGCGGAGGACAGCAUCGUCAAGAUCGACUGCGUAUCAAAAUGAAAAGUACCGCCCGACCAGCAGAAGACGUGCAAACUUUUCACACGGAAAAUGUUUCUGUUGCAGAAAGUCGUGAACGCGACGCAUUUUGUUUCAGAAUUCAAGCUAGUUACGCAACUUCAGCAUGACAGACAUCAACUACAUUAUGGCGCUGUGAAACACAGACUUUCGCUACGUACUCUGGCUUGAAAACUUGUCUUGUGGAAUAGAUACGAUGUAAACGCUUCGAAAUUCUGGGGCCGAAGCGCUUUUCAAUAUGAUACUGCGGACUGCACCACACGGCGGCAUUGACAAAGCAAGGCGAACUGUUUGUCUGGGGCCGGAACGACCAGGCGCAGCUCGGGCUAGGAGACGAGUCUAUGGGGGACAACUUCUCCUUUGAGGUGAGUACAUGCAUCGCUUCUAGAAGUUGUAGUUACUCGUCGCCGCACCCGCACCAGAGUCGAUCAGGUCUGACUAGACGUAGACCCCCUAUUUGUUCACCUGAAGUCUGUGUCGCCUUCUACGAUAGCGCGCAUUUUUGUCGAUGGAAAUUUACUUUAUCAGGCUACAAGCUGUUUCUGAGCAAAAAAUGAAAAUUUCCACUCGUUAAUCCCAGUCCUUCCCCCGCCUGGUUCGCGCACUCCCGCUUGCCGGCCUCAAAGUAGCGGAUUUCGCUUGCGGCGACGGGCACACCGACGUGCUGACAGAGUGCGGGAAAGUGUUCACUUGGGGCAACAGGAAUUGGCUCUCCCCCCACCGCAUUUCCAGGACUUUGGAAGAACACAGCGAACGGCAGAAGGCGGAGAGCAGCGGAGCAGGAAGUACGCAAACGGCAGCGUCCGACAGCGGGGGAACAACUGCGACGGAAAUAAAAAGCAGAAAAAUCUUUGUCGAAGACGACACAGACCCGCAAAACCGGAUAAAGAAACUCAUCGGUGGCGGCCGGUUCUCGCUUUUGCUCACGCAAGGCGGGAGUUUGUUCGGAUGGGGGAAGAAAAACACCGGCUGUCUCCCGGAAGAUUUCGUGGAACCGACAUUGUUUGACCCUUUCACGACGACAGGAGAAGGAUCAGAAGGUGAUAAGGCGGCAAAAAGUUGCGGUACUCUACUAGAAAGCUGCAAAAUAGCGGACCUGACGGCUCGGGGAUCACACUGUGUAGCAAUCGUGGAAUGAUUCAAUAUUCUGAAACCUCAGGUUUUGAAUGGAGAAAGAGGAAGUUAUGCAAUUUCAUCUUUU